UCCAUGUAAGAAAACAAAGGUAUCGUCCCUAACUGGAUAUUUGGUUCUUCCACAACAUCAGGAGUCACACUAUCAGACAUCUGAAGAUCCGCUUAGCUUUAAUUUCUUCCAAAAGUAUUGUUGGCACCGAGCUUGAUUCUGGGGGAUGUAGUAGACAUUUGCUUAAAUUACAAAUCUAGUGAGUGUGGCGUGACAUUGACCGUGAGGAGUUGUCUUGUUUAGGACUUCUCGUCGUAAAAAAGGACAGAUGUGCAUUAGCCUGCACACAAACUAGCAACCAUGGCCUGGUUUGAUAUUGCAGCUAAAAAGUUUGGAUUCCCCACCAUUGAGCUGUUUGUGAAGGCAGGCAGUGAUGGUGAGAGCAUUGGAAACUGUCCAUUCUCCCAGAGGCUGUUUAUGAUCCUGUGGCUUAAGGGAGUCAUUUUCAACGUCACCACUGUUGACCUCAAGAGGAAACCAGCUGACCUGCAGGACCUUGCCCCAGGCACCAACCCACCAUUCAUGACCUUCAACGGGGAGGUCAAGGUCGACGUGAACAAAAUCGAGGAGUUUCUGGAGGAGAAGCUCACACCACCUCGGUACCCUAGACUGGUGGCUAAACACCCAGAGUCCAACACAGCUGGGAUCGAUGUCUUUGCCAAGUUCUCCGCCUAUAUCAAGAACCCACGCAAAGAUGCCAACGAAGGUCUGGAGAAGGCUCUGCUGAAGUCACUUAAGCGCCUGGAUGAGUUCUUGCAGACGCCGAUGCCGGAUGAAGUGGACGCCGACAGCGCGGAGGAGCCGGGAGAGUCCACCCGCAGCUUCCUGGACGGGCCGGACCUCACACUUGCGGACUGUAACCUGCUGCCCAAACUACACAUCAUCAAGGUGGUGGCCAAGAAGUACCGCAGUUUUGAGAUUCCAGCUGACAUGACGGGCGUGUGGCGCUACCUGAACCGCGCAUACGAGAGGGAAGAGUUCACUAACACCUGCCCUGCCGAACGAGAAAUCGAGUUUGCCUAUCUGGAUGUCGCCAAGAAGAUUAAGUAAAUUGUGUGUGUGUGUGUGUGUGUGUGUGUGUGUGCGUGUGUGUUAUGUAUGUCUGUUUAUGUAUUUCACAGAAAGGUAGAUAUCUAAAAGACAAAGAAUAAGAAAAAAAGGUGGCGAAAGGAUAUGUGUUCAUGCCUGUUUGUGCAUGUUAGCGGGUGUGUGUGUGAGUGUGUGUGUGCUGAUGAGUAUGUGUGUGAUGUGGACAUGUGUGUGUGUGUGUGUGUGUGUGUGUGUGUGUGUGUGUGUGCACUCCCCGGUGGUGUUGCAUUUAACUCAUACAGUAUACAGUAUAAGUUGCUGAACCCUGACAUAUCAGGACGUCAUUAGAAUGUGUUGAGUCAGUCAGAGUUCCUUUUAACCAAUGGCAGGGCCAGGAUCCAGUAGAACCAAUGACAUGCUAGUCAUACUGUAUUCCUACACUAAGUUCAUAUGCUCAGUACCAAUAGAAAUCCUAUGCAUUGUAUUUCUCAUUGUAUAAACACUAUGGCCUUGAGAGUGGUUAAAGCAAGUGUUCCUAUCAAUCACGCAUUAGAAAAAUCAUGCCGUCUACUUCUGCUCCGUGUCUCUGUUUCUUUUAUUUCAUCUAUGAUGAUUCUGUCCUGUUUUUUUAUUUUCCUUCCGAAAGUACAAAUAUCUACUAUAAAUGUUAUUAUAGAACCUUCAAAAUAUGAUAGUUUGUUUCAAGGUCAUGACCUCGGUAGUUUGACUUCUAGCAUUUUCUACUCACACGUUUUGUAAAAGCAAAUUGAUGUGUAUUGACAUUUACAGACUACAUUAAUGACCGUAAUGAGAUCCACUGUUGUAAUUUCCUGUACUCUCUCUUUUGUAUUGAAUGCCAUUGUCUGGACGAUCUCCGAGACUCCUCACUCUUAUCUGCUGCCUCAGGUCUGUCUCUAAAGACUAAAUCCUACAGCUAAUUUCUUGUGUGUUGAUUGUUUGUUUGUUUGUUUGUUUCUGUUUUGCAUUUGGUGACCUGGCAGUGUUAACAUUUGGAUGCUUUGUAAACGGAGUGAACGCCUUAUCAAUU